AUGGCUGAGCCACCAGUAAUCUUCAAGCGCACGAAAGCGAAGUCCGCCCAACGCGCUCGGGUUACCACAGAUGCAGAGGCAGCCCCCACGACCGCAACAGAGGCAGACGCGGAGGAGUCACCCAGUAUAGUUGCCGCUAAACUCAAGAAGAAGACGCGAGCGAAGGCGCGGUCUACGCUCAGCUUUGGAGGUGAGGAGGAGGAGAGCAGCGGUGAGGUGUUCAAGCUCAAGAAGUCGAAUUUGAGUAGGAACCUCGCGCUCAGAAACGAAUCACCGGGUGUUGCGGCUGCGCCAUUUGAACCGACUAUAACACCAAGGUCCACGGGACCCACGUAUAAUGCUGCAUACCUCAACGAACUCAAAGCCAGCACACCGAACGCUCGUCCUUCUCUGCCUCAAGAGGACAUUGUCUCCUACGAUGCAGAUAUAUCCAUGGAUGUUGACCCCGCUGGCCAAUUGUCCGGUUUGACAGACGAGGUCGAAAGUGAAGCAGCGAUCCCAUCUGCAUCGUCUAUCCAAGCAGCCAAGCAGAAGCGCGAACGGCUACGUGCGGGCAAGGCUUCGGGCUCAGAAGACUAUAUCUCGCUCUCCCUGACAAAGAGAGAUGACUAUUCGAAGGGCCCUCAUCCAGACAGCCGGCUCGUCAGGGAAGAAGAUGAGUUGGGCGACGCGGAUGAUGAAUUCGCGGAAUUCACCAGCGCCCAAGAGCGUAUCGCCCUUGGCAAGAAGUCGCGGAAGAAGGAAGCCGCAAAGCGGCGUGCGGAUAUGAACGAGAUGAUUGUCGAUGCCGAAGAGGAAGACGAGGAAACUCGGGAAUGGGAACAGGAGCAACUACGCCGAGGAGGCCUUCGUCCGGAGUCGGCUGAACCUGCACCCAAGCCGGUGUACAAGCCCGCACCAGUUCCGGCUGUGACCCCUAUCCCUACGAUGGGCGCUGCGAUGGCACGGCUCACGAAUUCUAUGAGCAAGUUGACAGUAUCGCACGCAGAGCACUCCGCUGCGAUGUCGAAGCUCGGCGAGGAGCAACGCCUGCUCGAGGAGCGCGAGAAGGAGAUGCGCGAGAUGAUCGCCAAAGCCGAGGAGAAGCGCAGCUGGUUCUCCGCCUUCCGCGAAUGGGUCGAGAGCGUCGCGACCUUCCUCGAUGAGAAGUUCCCGCAACUCGAGAAGCUCGAGGACGAACACAUAUCCAUUAUCAAGGAGCGCGCGGACAUGAUCGCCCAGCGGCGCAAAGCCGAGGACGCAGACGACCUCGCUCUCUUCUUCGGCACCCCGCCCCAACUGCAACCCAAACCCGACGAAGUCGACGACCUCGGGCGCGUCGUCCCCUCCGCCAACCCCGCCGCCUCCCGCGCAGACCGCACCGCCGCCCGUGCCGCCCGGCGCCUGCACCGGCGCGCCGCGAACCAGCAACGCCCGCCCGAGGAGGAGGGGUACUCGACGGACGGAGAGCUGCCCCUAGGGGACGCGGACGACUAUCGCGUCGCGAUGGGGAAGCUCGUCGCGGACGCGCAGGCGAUCAUGGCGGACGUGAAGGCGGAGGAGUUCCGGGACGCGAGCGCGGGCGUGGGCAAGUGGUUCGGGGAGUGGCGCGCGAAGUUCGACGAGGUGUACCGCGGGGCGUGGGGCGGGCUCGGGAUGGUGAGCGCGUGGGAGUUCUGGGCCCGUCUUGAGAUCCUCGGCUGGAAUCCGCUCGAGCGCCCCCGCAGCCUCGACGCGUUCAAUUGGUACAGUGCGCUCUACAAAUAUUCGCGCCCGUCGCUUGGCGAAGAUGAGGAUGACGAAGACGAGCCCGAGCUCGGGCCGGACGGCGACCUCGUCUCUGCGAUGAUUUCGACCGCGCUCAUUCCACGCAUAUGCCGCAUCAUCGAGAGCGGCGCACUCGACGCGUACUCCGCCACGGACGUGCGGCGCCUCGUCGACCUUACUGAGCAGGUCGAGGCGUCCGUCGAUAGGCAGAGCCUCAAGUUCGAGAUGCUCUUGAAGGCCGUCUACACGAUCUUCAACGAAGCAGUGACCGCCACAGAGACCGAGCUCGCGCCAUUCGUCGCGCUCAACCAGCCGCGCUUCGACCCCGCCGCGAUCCCCGCGCGCCGGCGUUUCCUCGCACGGCGCCACAAGCUUCUGCGGAAUCUCCUUCAGUGGCGGCGAUAUGCGGGCGACCGGUAUGGUCUGGGCAACUUGGCGACACGACUCGUUGCGGGGAGCAUGCUCCCCGUUGCGGAGACGGGCUGGGAGGUUGGGGGAGAAGAGAUCAUGCGGAAGGUCGUCCAAACGUUGCCGACGGAGCUUGUGCCUCCGACUCUGCAAGGUCUUCGCGCAUAAUGUGUAUACUUCCGUGCGUUGGGCUUCAGGUUUGGCACGUGCAUAUCUGCAUGCAAGAAGGAAUGAGACAGCCCGUAAUGCUUGAACAUUAACAUUAACAGGUAUUGUAACGAUACACCAGGAGCGUUUUCUCAUAGCGAAAGACUUCAUAUACAUCCC